GGGAGAGAAGAAGUAGGCUGCUGCUGGAUUCAGAAGCUGUUAAAAAAAUUAAGAGUUAUAAAAAGAUGCCUCCUGGAGCUAGAAGAAGCUUAGAACUUAUACCAAAUGAGAUUGCUCGUAAGAUGACCUUUCGGAAGCGAAAGAAAAGUAUAUAUAAAAAGGCGGACGAGCUUUCGAAACUCUGUGAUAUUGAUGUUUGCUUGAUCAUCUAUGAAGCUGAUCAAAAGAAGGGGAGGGCAAUUCAAUCAGAGACGUGGCCUCAAGAUUCAGCUGAAUUCAAUCACAUUUUUAACAAGUAUAAAGCUUCCAAGGAUAUUCAUGUCCCUAGUUUAAAGCAAAACUUCGAUUUGUCUGAUUUUUACAACGCCGCCAAGAAAGAAGACGUGGAUCGAAAGUUUGAAAAAAUGUACCCAACAUGGGAUGAUCGAAUCGACGAGUUUUCGCAGGUCGAAUUGAUUAAACUAAUUGGUUCACUGGAAGCCAAGAUACAAGCUUCAUCCAAGAAGAUUGAUUCCGUGGAACAAAAUUGAAAUGUAUCCAAAGCAGAAGAGCACACCAGCAUGUGUUGGAAGCCUACUAAUCAAGUCCUUGAUCAGCAAACUUGUCUUGAAUUCGGUGCCUUUAAUAUGAUUUCAGUCAAUACUACAACUUCAGCCCUAUAAUUGAUGUCUAUAUGUGCAAAUAUCUCAAACUGCCUAGUGCAUGGAUUUCAAGCUCAUUGAAGAUCUGAUGAUCUAACCCUUACUGAAUUUGUAGCUAUCUUUUAGUUUGAUUGAUUCAAUUUCUGAUUUACGACCUUUUGGCUAUAU